CCCUUGUCAUCAAAAUUCAUAACAAGCUAAAGCUAUCAUAGUCCAAAUAAAACUUAAAUGAAAAUGGGUUUUGGUUUCAAUGGCUUUUCUUUGGUUGUGGUAGUGAGUUGCUUGAUGGUGGUUGCCUCUCCAGCUGCUGGUAACUUCCAUCAAGACUUCGAUAUAACAUGGGGUGGCAAUAGAGCCAAGGUCUUUAAUGGAGGACAACUUCUUUCUUUGUCUUUAGACAAAGUUUCAGGGUCUGGAUUUCAGUCAAAGAAAGAGUAUCUAUUUGGAAGGAUUGAUAUGCAGCUCAAACUUGUCGCUGGAAACUCUGCUGGCACUGUUACUGCCUAUUAUUUGUCUUCUCAAGGGCCAAGCCAUGAUGAGAUCGACUUUGAGUUCCUGGGAAACGUUAGUGGUGAUCCUUACAUUCUUCACACCAAUGUGUUCACUCAAGAAGGAAACAGAGAGCAACAAUUUUAUCUCUGGUUUGACCCCACCAGAAAUUUCCACACUUACUCCAUCAUCUGGAAACGCCAACACAUCAUUUUCUUGGUGGAUAACAUUCCCAUAAGGGUAUUCAAAAAUGGUGAAGCAAUUGGUGUACCAUUCCCUAAGAACCAGCCAAUGAGGAUUUACUCAAGUCUUUGGAAUGCUGACGAUUGGGCUACAAGAGGUGGACUUGUGAAAACUGAUUGGUCAAAGGCUCCUUUUACUGCAUAUUACCGCAAUUUCAAUGCCGUUGCUUGUACUUCUUGUGCUUCAAAAUCAUCAACCUCAUUGUCUGAUGCUGCAUGGCAGUCCAAUAACAAUGAGCUUGACGCCACAAGCAGAAGAAGAUUGAGAUGGGUUCAGAAAUAUUUCAUGAUUUACAAUUACUGCACUGAUUUAAAACGCUUCCCUCAAGGUGUCCCUUCUGAGUGCAAACAACAUUCAAGGUUCUGAUUUCUCAAGAUAACGCUGUUUGUUUGUAAAAUAGUUGAUGGGUGUUGAUUCUUUACAGCUUCCUCUUUAUUCAAGAUUCACUCUGCUUGGUACUUUUUGGGGGUUAUAAUUAAAUAAAUCACAUUGUUUUCUUUCUUGUUUCUUUGUUUGUGUUACGAUGGUUGUAAAU